AUGUCGACCCAGUUUUUCGCGAAAACUUCGACAGAAAUCAAUUUGUUCCAAGGAUACCCUUCGUUCGAUCAAUUGACAAGAGAUGAAGCUGAAAAAAUCCAAGUUUCUCUAUUGUCGCCAUGCGGACGAUUCAUGGCUCUUUCUACUACAGAAACGGUUCAAGUAUUCACAGGGGUUGAGUUUUCACAACUGUUGUUGAAUGUAAAUCUCAAAGACGUUUAUGACCUACAUUUUUCACCAUCGGGCAACUUUUUAAGCACUUGGGAAAGACCAUCCAUUAGUGAACCAGAUCAUAAAAACGUGAAAAUUUGGGAACUGAAUUUGGAAACGCCUCCAGAUUCGGCCAGAUAUGCAUACCAGGCCAAGGUGCAAAAUGGCUGGGCUUUGCAGUUCAGUAAGCUCGACAAUUUUGCCCUGAAGCAGUUUGGCAAAGAAGUCAGGAUCGUGAAAAUCGACAUACACGAUGCUAAUGCUACGUUUAAUUUUGACAAACCUUAUAGCAAACUUGUGCCAGAACAGCAAAUCUCGAGUUUUCUUAUUUCACCUUCAGAAUUCCCUACGAUUUGUACUUUCUCACCAGAAAAAUCCGGCAAACCAGCGAUUCUGAGCAUAUACUCUAUUACAGAAGGCGUUUCUGACAAAAAAAUCGCAACAAAGACUUUUUUCAAGGCAGACUCGUGCCAAUUGAAGUGGAAUUUGCAAGGUAACGCGGUUCUGUGCAUGGCCAUCACUGAUUUCGAUUCUUCAAACAAAUCGUAUUACGGCGAAAACACCCUAUACCUAUUGUCAUUCCAAGGUGCCAAUGGAACUCUAGGUGGUAAGUCGGUCCGUGUGCCGCUAUCUAAAGAGGGUCCUAUUCAUGACUUUACUUGGUCCCCGACUUCGAGACAAUUCGGUGUCAUAUACGGCUACAUGCCCGCUACCAUCACUUUUUUUGACCUCAAGGGCAACGUUGUGCAUUCCCUACCAGAACAACCGAAAAACACCAUGCUUUUUUCACCAUCUGGUAGGUAUAUUUUGAUAGCAGGGUUUGGAAAUCUACAAGGCUCGGUUGAGGUUUUGGAUCGCCACGACAAGUUCAAGUGCAUUACCAAGUUUGACGCUGCAAACACUUCUGUUUGCAAAUGGUCACCGGGAGGCGAGUUCAUUUUGACUGCAACUACUUCUCCAAGACUGAGAGUAGAUAACGGACUCAAAAUUUGGCAUGUCAGUGGCACCUUGUGUUUUGUGAAAGAAUACAAGGAACUAUUGAAGGUCGACUGGAGACACCAUGUUUCCUCUAAACUGGCCGCAAGCCAUGUCCUCAAAAGCGGCGAGGAAUCCAUCAGCGAUCCUUUCUCGGACCCCAAGCUAGGCAAGAUCGAGGUGCAGGUUCACUCUUCGGCUACCGAUUAUAUUGCUAAACGUCAAAAGAACGGGUCCACCAGCGGAGCCGCCACCAAGCCCACUGGAGCUUACAGACCACCCCAUGCGAGAAGAGCAGGCGGCGCUCCAUCGGUUCCAGGUGCUGCUAUCAGACCUGCCAAGGUCAUCCCGGGUAUGAGCGCGUCAGUGCCUGGAGCUUCUGGUAAGGACUCCAAGACUGCGGCCAAGAACAAGAAAAAAAGAGAGAGCAAAAGAACUGAAGCUUCGCCAGGUGCAGGAGAAAUAACACCUGCAGAUUCGUCGACCGAGUCAGCCGCACAGCCCAAGGUGAACAAAGAGGCUUCGCCGGAAGAGAAAAAAAUUCGCUCACUUUUGAAAAAGUUGAGAGCCAUAGAAGCUUUGAAACUCAAACAAGCAUCUGGAGAACCUUUAGAAGAUACUCAAAUUCUCAAGAUUCAGUCUGAGGACAAGAUCUCCGAAGAGCUCGAGUUUUUGGGCUGGAAAGAUGACAACGCCUAA